AUGCGCGCCCUCCGCUACCACGGGAAUCAAGACCUCCGCCUCGACAACAUCCCCGAGCCACCCCUCCGCCCCGGCUGGGUGAAAGUUAAAAUCGGCUGGGCUGGCGUUUGCGGUUCUGAUCUCCACGAGUACAUGGUCGGGCCCAAGAAUGCACCAACAAAGCCCCAUGCAGUCACUGGGGAGCAGAUCCCAACCAUCAUGGGCCAUGAGUUCGGCGGCAGGAUUGUCGAGAUUCACGACCGUGUGCCUGGAGAGCUAGGGCUGGAGGUAGGGAAGAAGUGCGCCAUCUUUCCUGUUCUAUCGUGCAGGAAUUGCAUCUGGUGCGACAAGCAGCUCUGGGGCUGUUGUUCGAACUGGGGCUUCCUGGGCUAUUCUGGCUACGGUGGCGGAUUUUCCGAAUACAUCUGCAUCCCUGCGCAAGACGUCCACGUCAUCCCGGAAUCGAUGGGCUUGGAUAUCGCCGCACUUGUUGAGCCGUUGGCGGUAGCGUGGCAUGCAGUUAAUCUAGGCCAGGCAAAACCGGAAGACUCUGCGCUCGUGCUUGGAGCGGGCCCGAUCGGUAUCGCUGUCAUUCUGUGCUUGAGGGCGCAAGGAGUAAAGAACAUUGCGGUCUCCGAGCUCUCGGAGUUGCGGUCGGAGCAGGCGAGAGGUGCUGGCGCAAAGCAUGUUUUCAACCCGAAGAACGAUGAUGUCGCGAAGCGGGCCAAGGAGGUAUCGCCGGAUGGCUGGGGGCCGCAGGUAGCAUUUGAAUGUGCUGGCGUGCAGCCGAGUAUGGACGCUGCGAUGGGCAGUGUGCGCGGGCAAGGCACGAUUGUGAACGUGGGCAUUUUCGAAAAGGACAUUACUUUCAACCCGAACAUCUUGAAUAGGCGGAGUUUGAAGUACGUCGGGAGUAACAUCUACUCACGAGAGGAGUUCCAGGAGGUCAUUGAUGCUAUUGCUGAUGGUCGCCUCAAGGAGCCCGAGCGGAUGAUCACAGCUAAGAUCUCGCUGGAGGAAGGCGUGGAGAAGGGUUUCAAGGCUUUGCUGCAUGAGCGAGAGAAGCAUGUCAAGAUCUUGAUCGGGGUGGAUGACGACCCGAAGCCUUGA